UGCUCCCUAUUUCAAAGGCACUACUGACUAACAGGGCGCUGCUUCUAGAAAUGACCAGAGAAUAAUAAGAGUAGGUGGUUCAACAACAACAACAAUUAAAAGAAGAGCUGAAUGCGUGGAUGAACAUACAGUUGUUCAACAAUGUCUGAGACCAUGUCGUCUCAAAGGAAGCCCUCGGCUAACAAGAAUAUAAAGAAGCUGCGUACAUUGACAGUGGUGUGCAACCUGGCACGGAGUUGGCAACAGUGGAUAUGUGAGAAUGAAGAAAAGCAGGCUAGUGAACCCACAGGCUGGGCCCCAGACAGUAUUGACAAGGACAAAGCUGAAAAGCAAGAGCCAAAGAAACCUGCAUCUAUUGAGAAGAAGACAAAAACGUCUCAAGACAACGAGAGUGGAACAGAGGAUUCCCGCAUUAAGACCAAACAGGUAGUGAAAACAGUGACACGAGAUGUUCAAGAGAAAGGUGCAGGCAUUGAGUUCCUGACCAACCGCAUUUGUAAAGACCCAGCGGAAGAAGAGCUGGACAGGAUGCUGAAGAAGACUUCACCCACCCUGCGCAGAAACUGCUCCAACAUGGUGUCAGAGCUGAAGCAGGGCUGGAAGGUUGCAGGAAAUGAACGGAAUUCUGAGAACCAGGAAAAUGCGGAAGAGAGAGAUACAGACUUAUCAUCUAACAGGAUCAAGAGACCAUCAUCACUUGGGUCCAAGACCGGAGUAGAGGAUGCCAAUAAAACUAAUGCUCGCUCAGGCAAGUACAGCGCCGUGGGGAGCCUCAAGAGCCGCUGGCAAAACUGGGCGUCAGAACACAACGAGAGCCAAAAACUCAACCCCUUUAGCGAAGAUUUCGAUUACGAGUUCUCCAUGUCCUUGCGUUUGCGGAAGGGAGAGGAAGGCUAUGGCAGGCCCAAGGAGGGCAGCAAGACGGCAGAGAGAGCCAAACGGGCUGAAGCGCACAUCCAUCGAGAGAUUGAACACAUGUGCUUCAUCAUCAGGACUAUGGCUGACCCUGACCCGGAUGGUUACGUCCAGAUAACCUUUGGUGAGCUGUUUGACAGAUAUGUGAGGAUUUCAGACAAGGUAGUGGGCAUUCUCAUGAGAGCCCGGAAGCACGGCAAGGUGCACUUUGAAGGAGAGAUGCUGUGGCAGGGUCGGGAUGAUGGAGUUAUCAUCACGCUGCUUGUGUGACACAAACAGUGGGAUGAUGGAGUUAUCAUUAUGCUGCUUGUGUGACACAAACAUGACACCAUUUUAUAACAUAAUGCACUCUGACAAAAAAAGGAGCUUUGAUUUUGCUGCUGUAAAAGGAAAUAAGUAUUAAUAUAUAGUAAUGGUAUGAGGGUGGCACUGAUGUUACUGAUAAAUCAUUUUUAUUUUAUUGAUGGAUUAUUAUUAGUAGUAGUAGAUUAUUAUGUAGGUUUCUCAUGAUUUUAUAUGAACUGAUGUCUUUUAAACACAUUCUUUUUUAUGUAUUUAUCUAUGACGUGUACAUGUUUGUAUUUGCCAGACAAUAGACUCCAAUUCUGUAUUCAGCAUGCCCUGGCUGAUUUCCACACAUAAAUCAAACGUGCUACGUUUUACACUCACGGCUGCAGGAGGUGAAGAAUUUUCAGUCCUGAAAGUGAAAAGUCAUAUAAUCCUAGUAACAUGAUCAUAUAUUACAGGUGUAAGGAAUCAUCGGCAUCACAUAAGGAAAACAUAUUUAUAAGUGUUUUUUUCUCCACUUUAUUCCCCAGUAUUAACCCUUUUUUACACUUGUAAAAUGUUUUGCUAUUCUGAAAUGGAAAUUGCAUUAUUAUGAAAUGCCUCCUGUCCAUAUUUGGCUCCUAUAGUCUAUAGUCAUGAUGACGCCAUCCCUCGAGCAGGCAGGGUGUCAUUUAAUUGGAGGUCUGCUUAAGAUUCCUCCAAGUGAAUACAGAGACAAAGUCAAAGGCCUGCAUUAAGCCACAUACAGUACAUCACGAUUUACAUUAUACGGACUAUUAAAAUUAAACGAGGUGUUUUAUGAAAACACAUUAUGCCUCUACACUUUCAUCUUAGUUCAGAAAUGGGUCAGUGAGCUAAUGAACAGGUUUCAUUUGAAAUACAUGUGCAUCGUUGAAGAGUUUGUAAUGAGCAUUUACAUCCACCAGCCCGAGCACUGGAAUACAGAAUAUCCAUUAACUUCCCUUUGCUUUCUGAACUAUUCAUGAGAUCUGAUGAACUGUGAAAAGCUGUGAAAUUUAGUAGAAGGUUUGCUCAUAGGCUACAUUUUACUUAUACAGUACAUGAAGAAAACAAGUGAAUGUGACAACAAGCCAACAGAAUGCUACAGUGAAUGCAUAUGGACCUAGGGCCUCAUUUAUCAAGCUGGAUACAAGCACGUUUAUUUGUAAAUCCUUCAUGGGAGAAUUUAAUUUGGAAAGAAAAUGCAUCCCAAGAGAGGAUGGGCAAAUUGACAUAUAAGGAAGCUCACUAACAUGAUCCUGGAUUUUAUGGAGGCAAUUCAUGUAACGUGUGAUGAGUUAAUCAUUGUAAUUAAUCGGAUUGCUUUGUCGGCCAUUUCGUGUUCACAGAUGAAGAAAAUCGUUAAUUAAAAUAAAUAGAAUUAUUGAAUCAACACAAAAAAGUCUCCAUGUCCUACAAAGUUGCAUUAUUGGAACAUAAUCACACAUCACACUUAAACUAUAAACUUUUAGGUUUAGAUGCACAGUAUCCUCCACCAUCAACUAAAAAUACAGAGGCACUUUUAAGCUGUUCUGGUGGAUUAUAGUGGCUCAACACACAUGUUGGUUUUUUUAUUUGUCACCCAUUUAAUUUGACAUAAGUAUAAUGAUGUUCCUUUAUCCUUAUCAGAUCUAAAGUGAGGUUGUUAACCCAGUGCUUAGUCCUUGCUUCUUCAGUUUAUCUCAAAAGGGAACUCAUUAGUGAAGAAAAAGUCAGCGUGAAGUAUUUUAUACUCAUUUAUAUAGUCAAUCAUAGUAUUAUAUAGUCAUUAGAUACACAUUUUUAUAUUAAAAUGCUUAAAUUCUAAGAAAAUAUAGGUGGUCUAAACCAUUGUAAAUGGAUUAAAUGCCAAUGCAAACACAUCAGGUCAUAAUACAUUCCUGCAAAGUAUCAGUCAUCUGAUAUCUACAUAUCUACACAUCUACAUAUCAUGCAAUGAACUGUUUUCAGACUGUGCUUGACAAUACACAUGCAAGUAUUUUGAAUGACUUUUGACUGCCCUCUACCGGCAAAAUGGCAUAUCUCCAAUUUAUUUAAGCUGCAAAGAGCAAAGGCCAGUAUGAUCUUGCCAAGAAAAAAUAGCUAUAGUGAAUACAACGACUUGUGGUAGUUAAAGCCAUAAUAAUGUUCCUUAAAAAAUACAAAUGUGAUUUGAAUACAGAUGGUCUUUGAUUAAGACUGAAAAAACAUUGCAUCACAACUCAGGUGUGUCUUCUUCCUGUGAUAGCAGCCUACAUGUGAUUGUUAUGUAACCAGUGAAAGCAAAUGCUUACCUGACAGGUCUUGCAGGACUGUAUCAGAAAACACUUGUAUCUGGUUUCAAAAUCAAGCACAACAAACUACGAGAUUGUUUCACCUCUGGAUCAGAAAAGCAACAUUUUUCACACAGGACUGUAAGAGUUUUCUUUAUUCACUUGAGAACUAAAGCUUGUAUACAGUGCAUAUCUUUA